GGGGUCGCUUGCUCCUACGCGCAGAUCCAGCAUCAGCUGACCAUUUCCCAACCUAACCAUAGCAAUCACAAAUCAGAGAGCAUAACCGAUCCUAGAUCAGAGCUCUGGAGCAAACUCGCUGAAGAACGGCAGUGGUGCGAUAGCGACUGUUGAUGUUUUUGUUGUCAGUAAGAUGGCGACAAGCGGAGAGGCCCCGGAAUCUUGGUACCUAGCUCUGCUCGGCUUUGCGGAACAUUUUCGCACCUCAAGUCCUCCGAAGAUCCGUCUCUGCGUCCACUGUCUGCAGGCGGUGUUUCAAUUCAAGCCGCCGCAGAGGGUCGAGGCCCGAACUCAUCUCCAGCUGGGCUCGGUACUCUACCACCACACCAAGAACACCGAACUCGCCCGAAGCCACUUGGAGAAAGCGUGGUUCAUAUCACAACAAAUCCCUCAGUUUGAAGAUGUCAAAUUCGAGGCAGCAAGUCUUCUGUCAGAACUGUAUUGCCAACAGAAUCUGGUUGAUUCGGCAAAGCCCUUGCUGCGGAAGGCCAUCCAGAUCUCCCAGCAAACUCCCUACUGGCACUGCAGAUUGCUUUUCCAACUGGCGCAACUGCACACACUGGAGAAGGAUCUGGUGUCAGCUUGUGACCUCCUGGGGGUAGGGGCAGAGUAUACCAGGGUAGUGGGCUCUGAAUACACCAGAGCUCUCUUUCUGUUGAGUAAAGGAAUGCUGCUGCUGAUGGAGAGGAAGCUUGGGGAAGUGCAUCCUCUGUUGACUCUGUGUGGGACCAUCGUGGAGAACUGGCAGGGAAACCCCAUCCAGAAGGAGUCUCUCAGGGUGUUCUUCCUGGUGCUGCAGGUCACACACUACCUGGACGCUGGACAGGUGAAGAGUGUGAAGCCGUGUCUGAAGCAGCUGCAGCAGUGCAUCCAGACCAUCUCUACACUCCACGACGAUGAGAUCCUACCCAGUAACCCUGCCGACCUGUUCCACUGGCUGCCCAAGGAGCACAUGUGUGUCCUUGUCUACCUGGUGACAGUCAUGCACUCCAUGCAAGCAGGCUACCUGGAGAAGGCCCAGAAAUACACAGACAAAGCUCUCAUGCAGCUGGAAAAGCUCAAAAUGCUGGACUCUAGCCCCAUCCUCUCCACAUUCCAAGUCAUUCUGCUGGAGCACAUCAUCAUGUGCCGACUCGUCACUGGUCACAAGGCCACGGCAUUGCAAGAGAUCUCUCAGGUGUGUCAGCUGUGUGCACAGUCUCCCAGGUUAUUCACCAACCAUGCAUCCCAGCUACACACCCUGCUAGGUCUGUACUGUCUCUCAGUGAACUGCAUGGAUAACGCUGAGGCGCAGUUCACUGCUGCCCUGCGGGUGAGUGACCUGACGACGCACCAGGAACUGUGGGCGUUCAUUGUAACCAAUCUGGCCAGCGUCUAUAUCAGGGAGGGCAACAGGGACCAGGAGCUUUAUAACCUGUUGGAGAGGAUAAAUCCUGAUCACAACUUCCCUGUCAGCUCUCAUUGUCUGCGAGCAGCAGCCUUCUACAUCCGUGGACUGCUCUCUUUCUUCCAGGGACGCUAUAAUGAGGCCAAGCGGUUCCUGAGGGAGACUCUGAAGAUGUCCAAUGCUGAAGACCUGAAUCGUCUGACUGCAUGCUCUCUGGUCCUACUGGGGCAUAUCUUCUACGUGCUGGGGAACCACCGGGAGAGUAACAACAUGGUGGUCCCAGCCAUGCAACUGGCCAGCAAGAUCCCUGAUAUGUCAGUCCAGCUCUGGUCCUCGGCUCUGCUCAAGGAUCUGAACAAGGCGUGUGGGAACACGAUAGAUGCCCAUGAAGCAGCUCAGAUGCACCAGAACUUCUCCCAGCAGCUCCUGCAGGACCACAUCGCUGCCUGCAGCCUCCCUGAGCACAACCUCAUCAGUUGGACGGAUGGACCUCCUCCAGUGGGUCAGUUCCAGGCCCAGAAUGGACCCUCUACCAGCCUGGCCAGCCUGCUCUAAGCACCACCACACCAUGAGAGAGAGAGUGAGCUGGAAAGAGAAAAGAAGGGAAAGGUAGAGGGGUAGAAGAGGGAUAGAGAUGUGAAGGGGCAGACUGGCAUACAGCCUGGAUGCUGGUUUGUUUCAGUAUUGACCAGUUUCAUUGUAGUUACUAUGCCAACGAGCAUAGCUAACCAAUGCUGAAACAAUAUUACAUAUUUUAUCUAGAAUUCUAAAGAUUUUAACUUGUUCUUUCAACGGUAGGACUUUUUUUAGUGGGAGGGUGGUGGAACACGCAAAAGGUGUUUAUCUUUACGUGGUGAGAUGAGAGAGAGAACUGAGCUUACACCUACCUCAGAGAGACUGCCACUGGGCACUGCAUUAGCAGGGCGUACACAUAAUGAAACUAUGCACCUUUAUAGAGUUGAAAUGUAACGUGAUGAGUAGACUGGAGUAGAAGCUAGCUUUUUGGUCUAGCUGGCGGUAUGAAUGGUUGACAUUGAAUUGCUGACAACUAAGGUACCAUAGGUUUUCACACACAGAGUUGUGCCCCGAACUCAAGGCAGGACAAUAAUCCAGUUGAAGAAAGAAGACCAUCUCUGUGACACUGCAGUGACCUGAGAUAGAACCUAACCAUCGUUUAAAGUUCUACACUUUGUCCCCCAAGUUUCAUUGUUGUCAAGCUCCUAACAACGGUCCUGGAGUGGGAAGUUAAGACAUUGGAUUGGGUGAAUAUUUUAAUAUCAUUUUCUUUUUUAAGUCAAUAAUAAUUUUUAAUGGCAAGUUGAAUUUGGGAGGCAAUGUUUGCACCCCCAUUUUUUUUCAGUAGGCGGUAACAAAACUAAAACUACAUUUUAUCUAGAUACAGUGCCUGUGGAAAGUAUUCAGCAAACCCUUUGCUUUGAGACUUCAAAUUGAGCUCAGGUGCAUCCUGUUUACAUUGAUUGUCCUUGGAAUGUUUCAUCAACUUGAUUAGAGUCCACCUGUUGUAAAUUCAAUUGAUUGGACAUGAUUUGGAAAGGGACACACCUGUCUAUAUAAGGUCCUGCAGUUGACAGUCCAUGUCAGAGCAAAAACCAAGCCAUGAAAAUUGUCUGUAGAGCUCCGGAACAGGAUUGUGUCGGCACAGAUCUGGGGAAGAGUACCAAAAUAUAUAUGCAGCAUUGAAGGUCCCCAAGAAGACAGUGGCCUCCUCCAUUCUUAAAUGGAAGAAGUUUGGAACCACCAAGACUCUUCCUAAAGCUGGCUGCCUGACCAAACUGAGCAAUUGGGGGAAAAGGGCUUUGGUUAGGGAGGUGACCAAGAACCAGAGUUCCUCUGUGGAGAUGGGAGAACCUUCCAGAAGGACGACCAUCUCUGCAGCACUCCACCAAUCAGGCCUUUAUGGUAGAGUGGCCAGAUGGAAGCCUCUCUUCAGUAAAAGGCACAUGACAGCCCGCUUGGAGUUUGCCAAAAGGCAUCUAAAAGACGCACACCAUGAGAAACAAGAUUCUCUGGUCUUAUGAAACCAAGAUUGAACUCUUUGGCCUGAAUGCCAUGUCAAGUGUCACAUCAGGAUGGCACCAUCCCUACGGUGAAACAUAGUUUUAGCAUCUAAAACUGUGGGGACGUUUUUCAGCGGCAGGGACUGGAAGACUAGUCAGGAUCGAGGCAAAGAUGAAUGGAGCAAAAUACAGAGAGACGCUUGAUGAAAACCUGCUUCAGAGCGCUCAGAUCCGCUGACUGGAGUGAAGGUUCACUUUCCAUCAGGACAACGACCCUAAGCACACAGCCAAGACAACGCAGGAGUGGCUUCGGGACAAGUCUGAAUGUCCUUGAGUGGCCCAGCCAGAGCCCAGACUUGAACUCAAUCGAAUAUCUCUGGAGAGACCUGAAAAUAGCUGUGUAGCAAUGCUCCCUAUCCAAUCUGACAGAGUUUGAGAGGAUCAGCAGAGAAGAAUGGGAAAAACUCACCAAAUACAGGUGUGCCAAGCUUGUAGCGUCAUACCCAAGAAGACUCAGGGCUGUAAUUGCUGCCAAAGGUGCUUUAAAAAAAAGUGUUGAAAAAAAUGUUUUUGAUUUGUCAUUAUGGGAUAUUGUGAUGAGGGUGGUAGGGUAGCCUAGUGGUUAGAGCGUUGGGCUAUUAACUGAAAGGUUGCAAGACUGAAUCUGUCGUUCUGCCCCUGAACAAGGCAGUUUACCCACAGUUCCUAGGUCGUCAUUGAAAAUAAGAAUUUGUUCUUAACUGACUUGCCUAGUUAAAUAAAGGUCAAAUAAAAAAUGAGGGGGAAAGAUACGAUUUCAUCAAUUUUAGAAUAAGGCGAGUGAUUAACAAAAUGUGGUAAAAGUCAAGGGGUCUGAAUACUUUCCGACUGCACUGUAUGUUAUUCCUACUCAUAUUUUCCCUUGUGUUCCACUGUUUGUUUACCUUGUAAAUCUCCCUGUAUUUUAGACAUCUAAAAGGUAUUGUCCCCCUGAACACUCCCAAGUGCAACCAGAGAGAGGCACUGCAGAGUCAUUUUUGAGCAACCUGUUGGUGACAUGGCAGAGAACACUUACUUGUAUUAUUUUACAGAACUGUUUAACGAGUAAGGGUUUGUCAACUAUCAAAUCUAUCACCAACUUUUUCAAGAAUAACACACUUCUUAGUCACUGUGUAAUUAUAUUUGAUUGUCAUUGUAUUGUAUCACAAUGCAGACUUAGUUUAGCAGCCUUAUAAACCAUAAUGCGUUGCAAAUAUUUCUCUCUUUAUUUUUAACAAAUGAAUCCAUUUAUUCGAUUUUGUAAAGUUUGACUAUUUAUAUACCAUGUUUGACCAUAUUAUAUCGGUUUCACUAUUUAUUUUUGCAGGUACGUUUUUGUAUAGAUAUGGCAGAAAAUAUAAAUGUUUUGUGACCUUUUUCCCCAAUGUGUAUUUGUAUGUUUCUUAUGAAUGAUUUAAACAUGUAAAUACUAGGUUUGGUCAGUUGUGAAACAAAAUGCUACGACGACUGCCUUGUGUUUUUACUUUCACAUCUACGUUAAACUACAAGGUUAUAAUACGUUGGUUACCCUGCUCAUUACAGUAUUUUAGAAUUCUGGUUUUGUGUUUUUAAAUAAAAUAUUUCUUUCAACA